UUUACAUCUUAUAAACUAUGGACCCGUAAUUAAAUGCUUAAUAUGAUAUAACAAGAAAAGAUUUACAAGAGUUUAUGUAAGAGUGUUGCUAAUAUUGUAUUUCAGAGUAUAAAAGAGGCUAAGAAGAUGUAAUUAAACUUAUGUUAAAAUAUGCAUAAUAAGUAUUAAAAACAAUUUAGAGUAGGAAAGUAAUGGAGACAUUAGAAAAAUGAACAUUAAUACUUUAUUAAAUUAUUUAAUUGAAAAAAGAAAUUAAUUAGAGGUCAAUGGAAAUCGUCCUCUUUAAAUAGAGAAUUAACAUACUAAUACUGUAAGCAAAAAAACAUUAACUUAAAAUACAUAAAAUGAACCUCAAAAGUUUAUAGUUAUUAAUCAUGAAAGAUUGUAACGAACAUUCGAAGAAUUAAAAUGA